AGUCAUUAAAAGAACAAUGUAACGACAAGAUAAAUUCACUUAUUUCUCUUCAGUAUAUUUCAUGCUACGCUUAAAGCUACAUUAUUUCCUACAAUGUCAUCGUUUUUAAAAAAAAUCAUUUAUUGUUUAAUCGUAUUUGAAAUUUCAAACUUAAAAAUCGUUCAGGCUGAACAAGUUGAACUGAAUUUAGAGGCUUUGAAAAAUUUAAUCGAGUACCUUCGAAUUCCAUCUGUUCAGCCAAAUGUGAACUACGACGAUUGUGUAAGUUUUCUGAAAAGACAAGCAGAAUCUCUUAAUUUAACUGCGAAAGUUUUUGAAUUGCAUCCCACAAAACCAGUUGUAAUUAUUACAUGGGAAGGCACAAAACCUGAUAAACCUUCUAUUUUAAUCAAUGGACAUAUGGAUGUCGUUCCUGUAAAUGCCAAAGAAUGGAAAUAUCCACCAUUUGAAGCCAAAAUGGAUGAAAAUGGCAAUAUUUAUGCUCGUGGAGCGCAAGACAUGAAGGGUGUUACUAUACAAUAUUUAGAAGCAAUUCGACGAUUAAAAUUAAAAGGAAUUCGACUACGGAGAACGAUUCAUUUGUCCAUGGUGCCGGACGAGGAAGAAGGAGAGUUAGGCAUGCAAAGUUUUGUGAAAUCUCAACAAUUCAAAGAUCUAAAUGUUGGUUUUGCCUUGGAUGAAGCAAUUCCUGGAUCUCAAAAUAAAUAUUAUGUAACCUAUGCUGAGAGGACAAUAUUUGAAAUUUGGAUUCACUGCCAUGGUAAACCCGGUCAUGGUUCGAAUUUGUCUGCUAAUACUGCUGGCGAGAAAUUACAAAUCGUAAUUGAUCGUCUUUUCGAAUUUAGAAAAACAGAAAAGAAAAAAUUUGAGGAUGCUGGGAAUAUGGACAAUGUUACUUCCAUAAAUCUGACAAUGCUCAAGGGUGGCAUGCAAGCAAAUGUAAUUCCCGAUGUGUUAUCAGUGGCAUUUGACAUUCGUGUUUCACCUUUUGUUAAUUUUACAAAAUUCGUUGAAAUUUUUGAAGGUUGGUUAAGGGAAGCUGGCGAUGGAGUUAAUUAUACUGUUAUUGACAAAGGCCCGCCAACUGAUGUUACAAAACUAGAUUCAAGUAAUAUUUAUUGGCUAGCCUUUAAACAAGCUUGCGAUAAGAAUUCUAUAGAAAUAGAAACACGAAUUAUGCAAGGAGCAACAGAUUUACGCUUUAUACGCGCUCUUGGAAUACCAGCUUUGGGAUUUACACCAUUAGGCAAUACUACUGUAUUAGCUCACGCUAAUAAUGAAUAUGUCAAUAGGAAUGACUUUCUUAAGGGAAUUAAAAUACUUGAAAAAAUUUUAUUAAAAGUUGCAAAUGUUUAAUUGUUUACGUAAUUCAUUUUUAAUGGAAAAAUUAUUAUUAUUAUAGUACUUGAAAACUGAAAUUUUAAUAUUGCAGAUAAAAAUAUGAAUAUAAAGAUUAAAAUAA